AUUCGUUCUUUUUUGAAGCCCUAAAAUCCCUCAAGUCCCUAACUCUGUCCCUGCCGCCACCACCCACUCUGAUCUGCUUUCUCUCUCUCUGUAACAAGCUUCUCUUGAAUCUCUCAGGGUUAGUGUUCCGGAGGCAUUCUCUCUCACCGAAACACCGCCGGUCUGCCGUUCUCUUCAGGAAAAGGAAGCAAGAAAAGAUGGCGUACGCAAUGAAGCCACCGAAGCAGCACGGUGUGGAGGAACCCCAGGAGCAGAUUCACAAGAUCAGAAUCACUCUCUCCUCCAAGAAUGUCAAGAACCUUGAGAAAGUUUGUGCUGAUUUGGUUCGUGGUGCCAAGGACAAGCGGUUGAGGGUUAAGGGACCAGUUAGAAUGCCCACCAAGGUUCUGCUUAUCACCACCAGGAAGUCCCCUUGUGGUGAAGGUACCAACACUUGGGAUAGAUUUGAGCUUCGUGUCCACAAGAGAGUUAUUGACCUCUUCAGCUCCCCGGAUGUUGUUAAGCAGAUUACCUCUAUUACUAUUGAACCUGGUGUGGAGGUUGAAGUUACCAUUGCAGAUUCUUGAACGUGGCCUACUUCUGCAAUUUCCCUCUUCUAAUCUUUUUACUUUAUGUUUCCCUGUUGUCUGGGAACAUACAUAUCAAGCCUCAGAACUUGAUUGGUGCGCUGUAGUGUUAAUGCAGUAUGUGUGUUUUUCUAGUGAAAGACUUCUGUGAGGAGGGAUUUUGAUCUUUUACAGUUUUCUAUAGUUGAGAUUUUUGAAUGAUUAUUCAUUGUCAUAUUUGAUAUUGAAUACCUGAGAAAUGUUUUCAUUUUCUA